AUGGUGGGGGAUGCUGCAAAUGACCUCAACGCGGAUAAAGCACCCCAGUGUCCCAAGGGUCAGUUCGCAUGCACCUCAAAUAUUUGCGGGGAAAGCAACAGCAGGGAUAGCGUGACUUCCCUCGCAUGCCUCCUGCGGUCUUGGGCGUCUUCGGCAAACCUAUACAAUAUGGACAUACAAGCAUCCAACUCCGUAUCAUCAAGGCAUCCGCCAUUGGAUGUGCUCAGGCGAUCAGCAAAAGCAUGCAAUCGAUGUCGGAAAAGACGCACCAAAUGCAUUGCGAAUCCCCCGUAUCCGUGCAUGACAUGCAGGGAGGCGGGCCAUUCUUGUGUCUAUUCCGAGUCGGAGAAACGGGUCAUGGUCCCUGAAAGCUAUCUCCUGGAACUUCAAGCCCAAGCUAGAAGGGGAGGAACUGCACGAGAAGGAAGAUCAGCUAGAGAAGGGAAAGAAAGAAGAGAAGGGGCAGAGGGGCGAGAUGGUGACUUCGCUGAGAUCUCCCACCAAGCCAUUGAGCUCGGAUUCACUGGGUCUGACAACUGGGUCAUCGGUAACUCUGGACAGUUCCAUUUUAUGGGCAACUCGUCGUCUACCUAUAUCGCCAACCGGCUCAAUCCGACGGCCGACACACUAGAUUGGCACAAGUAUCCUCACUACCAGGACACCUCCUGGAUCAGACACAGUUCCGGUCAUGGAAUUCCCCCCUUGCCGCCAAUUGACAUAGCACAUCGCUUGUACCGUGCACAGCAUGCUUAUAUCGGCACUAUAUUCUCCUUCCUAAGUGACUCACAAUUUCACCAGCGCCUCGAGCGUGUUUAUGAAGGUCUUCCAGACCCAAACAAUAGAGACGAAUGCCUCGUAUAUUGCCAGAUUCUUCUUGUAUUUGCGUUUGGUCAGAUGUACUCGAUCAACCAGUGGGUGGAUAAGGAGGGCCCGCCUGGUUUCUCUUACUUCAAGUACGCAUUAGCAUUUCUGCCAAAUGUGUACGAAGAUGGCUCGAUACUGUUCAUCGAGGUUUUGAGCUAUGUUGCAUACUUCAUGCAGACAAUCAACCGGCGGGAUGCGGCGUAUUUGCUUAUUGGCAUUGCCCUCAGAAUGGCAAUCUCGCUUGGGCUGCACCAAGAAAUCUCAGACCAGAACAUCGACAAUGAUACGCGGGAGCACCGGCGAAGAGUUUGGUGGUCUACAUAUAGCAUGGAGCGAUUGCUCUGUGUUACCUCUGGGCACCCGAUAUCGAUCCAAGACGAGGAUAUCGACCUGCUCCUUCCAACCCCCAAGGCCCAGGAAGACAACCACAUCGCUUCUAUCCUCGCUUCCUACACAGAACUUUCUAGGACUCAGGGUAUCAUAGGCGAAAAAAUCUACCGAAAGAAACAAAAGUCUGGCUCCGACCUUUCAGCUUGUGUUCAAAACAUCAUGAAAAGGCUCUCCGACUGGUUUGAACAUUUGCCAGAAGCCAUGAAGUCAAAUGCCCCUGACCUGGGUGAGAGGCCCAGUCGCGAAAUGGUCUCAACAUACUUGCACUAUUACCAUUGCAUUAAUAUGACAGCCCGCCCAAUCCUACUAUAUGCGGUCCAACGAAAGCUAGCAUCCAAUUCCCAGCAGCCAAAUACAGAUCGAAGGGAGCAGGAUUUGUCGACUGACAUUGUCCACGUCAUUGACAGAGCCGUAUCUGCUGCGAGGUCUAGUGCUUUGAUACUCCACAAUGCAGCAAGAUACAAUCUCGUUGCGACUUAUGGAUUCAUCGACGGAGAGCAAGCUUUCUCGGCGGCUUUGCUCCUUGUCAUGGUCAACAUUGCAUUCCCAUACAAGGAGACAGAUGCGUCAGCGAUGAAUAUGGCCCUAGGUGUUCUGCAGGGCAUGGCAGAAAGGGGCAAUGGUUAUAUCAAAGCAUGUCAUUCUCUUCUCUCAAAGAUCAGAAGCACCAUCAAACCCCUUGAUCCGCCUGGACCCGUGAACUUUAACGCACAGGCCGAGAUGAGUGGCGAACCACCGAGUGCGGCCGUGAAUCAAGCGGCUAAUCCGAAUUCUUGGCCCCCUAAUAACCAGCACGGGUCAUUUAGCAUGGACUUUGAAGGGGAUCCAGCGGUGUGGGCGGAAGUGCUUGAAUCCAUAGAUAUCGACAUGGACAGACAAUGGAUCGAGGGG